AUGGCGUAUAGCUUGCUCUGGGCAGGUGAUACAAUCAACCCAGCUGCAUCCCGACCUUUCAAAACUGAGGACAUUGACGACAUGAGAUCUCACGGACAACAAAUCUCUGAUCGUUUGACUGUUGAAGUUGACUGCCGCUCUCUGGGCCCAAGUGAAUGCCCCUCGAUGACUUCGAGCUUUUCUCCUUUGGAUUCUCCGACUCCCACGCCUACUAGUCUCUAUAGUCAAGGCUCAAUGGCCUCCCCCGGGUGGCACGAAGCUUCCCAUUAUCACCACACCCUCCCAAUGGAGCGUCGAACUUCAGCUACGCCAUUGCGCAGUGCAUUUAGAAUGGCUGAUCUCACGUCAGGUGAAGGCAUGAUGAAUAUGCCCUGCGGCAACAUGGACCGACAGGAGCAGAUGCCCCUCCCCGACUAUCUUCCUGGAUACGACGAGAACGUCGACCAACUCUGGAUUCCUCAGGACAUUCCCAAGACAUACCAGGAUCAACAGUUUCCCUACCAGGCCUCGAUGCCUCAGUACAAUCAGAUGGCUCGCAACUACUACCACCGCCCUCAGCAGGCAGGAUAUCUGCCUGAAUCGGCCUCAAACCCUUGCUUGUCUCGUCCAAUCUUUAACCAGCCCACUGAGCGGAUUCCCAACUCCGCUUCAAUGUCCAAUAUGAUUCACUGGAUGCCAUCCCACGAGUCCUUGGUACCUCAAACCAUUACCCCUGCUCAGGUCCAACCAUUCCCCUCAGGACCCGUGACCCCUCCUUCUUCUUCUUACUCCGACUUCCCCACCAACAUUCCUACCUUCAAAUCCCACACUCCUUCAACCCCCCACCGAUCUGUCUCCAUGGGUACUCCCUCAGGAUCCGAUACUCCAAUGAGUCGAAUGUCCGGACACAACGAUUACCAGGAAGAGUUCCAGCUCUCUCCUGUCUACCGCGAAGGAUUGAUUCAACGCCAUCGCCAGCCCUCGCGGAAAUCUUCUAAAAAACAACUCCUCCGCUCCAAUCUGAGCCUAGAGAACUUGCCUUCAAUCAUUAAGCAAGUUCAAUUCAAGUGCAAAGAGCCCGGCUGCAAGGGCCGCUUCAAGCGUCAGGAGCAUCUCAAGCGCCAUAUGAAGAGCCAUUCCAAGGAGAAGCCCCAUGUGUGCUGGGUUCCCGGUUGCCAUCGUGCGUUCUCACGCAGUGAUAACCUCAACGCCCACUACACCAAGACCCACAGUAAGCGGGGCGGACGCAACCGCUACGUCGCCACCCUCGAUGAGACCAGUCAAGAUUUCGAUCCCGAUUUCCGCGGCCAACUUACUCCCGAUGGCCGGCCUAUCUACGGAAGCAAACUCGAAGACGCCAUGCCCGAUUGUGGAGAGCUGAGCGUUGAUGGUUGGGAUGAUUAG